CCAGGAAACAAGAUCUGCACCAGGGCCAGCCACUUCCCUGAGCCCGGCCAGGCAUCUGCAGGAGCUCAGCACAGCCCAGGCCGGCGGAGAAGGACUGGGGACAGGGCCCUUCCCUUGCCCAGCACACAGCUGGCAGUGUGGAAGCCCCAGGCAAGUGUGAGGUGCUGGGUGAGACAGGUGCCUGAGAACCAGACAUGAUGCCACCACAGACGUGAUGUCAGCCCAGGAGCUUGUGGCCUGCCUCUGCCGGGAGGGGGACCAGCACCUGGCUCUGGGGGAGCCGCCCCUGGCCACAGCUUUCUACCUCGCUGCCUUCAGCUGCCACGCCCCCUCGGCCCUAAGGAACGUGCAGGCAGCACUGGCUGAGGCCCGGGGGGCACCUGUGGUGGCCACCCUGGAGGCCUGGUGCCGUGGGGACAGCCAGAUCCCGGCUGUCCACUGGGACGGCAUGGCAGUGGUCUCACUGACAGGGGCCCUGGCCUCUGCCUUCCUGGGAGCCCUCUGCCCGGACCACCCAGCCGCCGUCCUGCACUCUCUGGCUGGCCUGUUGGCCCAUGGGCACCACGGGGAGGUGGUACGGCGCUGCGAUGCCCUGCUGGACACCCACUCACAGCAGGCCCUGGAGCUGCAGCUGACCCGCGCCCUGGCCCUCGUCCUGUCCGGGGAUCCAGCGGGUGAGGGUGUGGCCAACUACCUGCGGGCCUUCACCUCAAGCGCCAGGCGCACAGUGGCCUUCAUCCGCACCCACCAGCAGCCCUACCUCCCCACACUGCUCAGCACCCUGCGGGGCCACAUCGCAGGGCAUGCAGAGGCCACAGACCACGCCAGCCCACAGGACACUGACUGCCAGGGACUGCUGGCAGCCCUGGACCCUGGGGGCCCCUGGAGGGACGCCCUGUCUCCUGACACCCUGCUGCUCCACGGCAGCUACGAGGAGUGCUUGGUCAUGUGCAGCCAGGCCCUGCAGUCUGACCUGACAGGCAGUGGACCCAAAGGUGAGCGCCGGGCCGCCCUGUUGGUCACGCGCGCAGCCGCCGCCUUGCUCACGGGCGGCCGGGCCCCGGAUGUGCUGCGGGACCUGCACGAGGCCUUCGGCGAGAGCCCCCGCGCGGCG